GAGCCAGAACCUGAGCCUGAACCAGAACCAGAACCAGAACCAGAACCUAUGCAGUAUUCCGAGGUGAUGGAGGAGGAUCCGGAGGUUCUGGAGGAGGAGCUUCCUGUUGAAGAGGAGGAGCUUUCUUUUGAAGAGGAGCUUUCUUUUGAAGAGGAGCGUCCUGUUGAAGAGGAGGAGCGUCCUGUUGAAGAGGAGGAGCUUCCUGUUGAAGAGGAGGAGCUUCCUGUUGAAGAGGAGGAGCGUCCUGUUGAACAGGAGGAGCUUCCUGUUGAACAGGAGGAGCUUCCUGCUGAGGAGAUGGCUCCUGCUGCAGAUGAACCAGCCGCUGAGGAAAGGCUAGAAGAAGCAGCAGCUGAGGAAGAAGAAACAUUUGAGGAGAUCAGUGAGACUUUAAAAGAAGAGAGUGCUGCUCCUCAAGUUGCUGAACAAGAAGAAGCUCCUACAGAAGGAGCUGAGGAGGAGGAGGCAACUGCACAUGCAGAAGUAGCAGCUGAAGAGGAAGCAGCUGUAGAAGAGGAGGAAGAGGAACUAGGCCUCUCAGAAGAUGUUGCUGAAAAGGAGGAAUCAACUAUAGAUUUAGCUGUGGACAAUCUAAAAGAAAUAGAGAAAUUACAAGAAAUGGAGGCUUCUCUUUUAGAGGAGCUUGGUGAGGUGCUGGCUGAGGAGCAGGAAGCCCUGUCAGAGGAACCCUCUGUAGAAGAGGCAACCACUGAGGAGCCAGCUGAAGAGGAGGAAACGCCUCCAGAAGAGGAGACAUAUGAAGCUGAGACUGAGGAAACUCCAGAAGAAGAAAUGGAGGUUCAAACGGAAGCAGAAAUGGAGGUCCAGAAUCAAGAUGAGCCCACAGAAACGUAGAAGCAGCAGCGCUCGCGGUGCAGGUGGAGCAGACCCGCUGACGGAUCAGCACCAUCUGAGCACGCUCCGCUCUCCAAAUCCAGGGAAACCAUCGAGUCGUCGUGACAACGCUCUCUCCUGUUCUUCAGUCCUCCUGUAAGAUGUUUAAGUGAGAAAUGUUUUAGUGAUCUUUAACUGUGUGGUUUUUUUUUUUUUUUAUCGGAACCUUGUGUGUUUCCUCACUGUGAGCAGCGUGUCGUACUUCAGAGUGUUUGUUGUCCUUAUUUUAAAGUAUCUGUUCGUGCGGGUUUUACAAACAUCAGAACAAGAA